AUGAAUUUCAUUAGUCUGGAUCACUAAAUACAUUCAAUCGAAGAUUACGAUAUUCUUUGCGCACUCGACCGUACAGACUACUCCACUGUCUACAAGGCGUAAUCUCACUAUCCUAUCAUUCAAGACUGGACAAGAAGACAGGACUCAUCGUAGCCAUCAAAGUCAUCAACUUGGUCAAUCAGGCAGAAUUGGCCCAAGCCGUCUAGACCUACCGCACUAAACCCUUCAGAAACAUAUGCUUGGUCGACAAGUGUUUUGGACAAGAUGGCAAACUCUUUAUAGUGAUGGAAUACUUUGCUGGAGGAUCAUUGAAGGAUUUGAUUCAUUUGUUCAAGAUCAACAAACAGACUUUGGAGACUCAAUAUGUGCAAGUGAUCAUACGAGAACUUUUGCUUGGCGUCUAAGAGAUCCAUUAGGAAGGUCUUGUGCAUAGACAUAUUAAAUGUGAGUUUUAUUUCUACUCUAAAUCUCCUUUUUAGCUGCCAAUCUCUUCCUUUCCCAAGAAGCCAAAGUCAAACUCUCCUAUUUCUCCACCAACAAGGAGUUUGCCGAUACCAUCAAUAAAUCGCAGUCCCAUAUCCUCAGUCUCCCCUAUUGGAUGGCUCCUGAAGUAAAAGAACUCAUUCUAUUAGACCAUUCAAUCCUCUUUGACUGAUUAAAAAACUGACGUCUGGGCCAUUGGCAUCACUGCUUUUGAAUUAAUCACUUCCAAGAUACCCUAUGAGGAUGUGCCUCCGUAAAAGGUCAUCUUCAAAAUAGUCCAACAGCCUCCGAGAUUGAGUGGGGAUUAUCCAAAUGAGAUGAUCGAUUUUGUGCAUUAGUGUUUGCAACGAGAUCCUAGACUGAGACCGAGUGCUGCUCAAUUGCUUACUCAUCCCUUCAUUAGGAAUGCCAAAAAAACUCAGUUGCUGUUUGAGUUGCUCGAAAGGGCUGGGAUGCUGAGUGGAGAACAACAAUAAGCCAGUUGCGAAACUCUCAACUACACACACAAUCGAGUUGUCACUUCCCUCAAGUUGGAUGCCAGUGGAACCCCGAUACGAGAGGAUGACGACUCACUCAAAGAAGAAACCUUGAAGAUUAAGCGUACUUUCAGGAAGAUAGAGAAAUAUAAGCCCGGAUUGGGCAAAAUCGUAUUGACAUUAUACCUUUGCAGAUAUACCAUGAAAUCAUCCAAGUCCUUAAAGCCAAGACCCCCUGAUGAAUACAGCAAUCUAAUUACGCAUUCUCAUUAAUUAUAAUAAAUGAAAACCAACAAUGAGCCUUCUCUCUUCAAAUAUCGAGUACUUUAUCUCACACUUAUCUUUAUCUCCCUAGGUCCUUGAACAAAAAAACAAAAAAAUCAUCCUGGAGGCAGAUGAGGAUCAAUUCAACUCCUUUGCCAAUGCUCUCUCCAUCAUCCAAAGGUUUCACGACGACAUCAAACAAUAACUCAACCCUCAACAACCCUCCUCUAGAAAAAUACGCGGUAUUGCAUCCCCCAAUUAUCCUCAGUCAAUUCCGACUCCGAGAAAUCCAACAAUGUUUCCCAUCCCUAUCCGAACCCAGACAUCAAGGAGGAUCAGGACUUUAGAAGGUAUCCCAAUACACUCCCUACUCUCUAGACGUAUCCCUCAUUUCUUCCUGUCUCGUUUCAAGAAGUGGGCCAAAAUGAUGGAACAAGAUGCUGCCUACAAAUAUCUCCAGAACGUUCAAGAAUCAAAGGUACUCUCCCCUCAUACCACUAUCUAGACGUCCAAACAACAGCGAUUCGAAUUGGGAGACUUGUAAAGGUGCUUUCAGGUUUAAGUCAAUGAACCCAAAGAGUCCAAGCUCUGCAAGAAUUUACUCAAAGACCUUUUCAUCUCCUUCCUCCAGAAUGAAGCCACACUAUAAAUCAUUCAUUACAAUAAAAUCAGUUCAAUCGAAUAAAAAGUACAAUGUGGAAUUUUAUAAUUAGCAUAAAUAUAUUGCUGAAAUUAAAAAUAUGAUCCAAGAGAUGUACGAACUCAAACCCUUUGACUCGUACCUCUCCUCUGAAAAGAUCAAAGGAAAGAAAACCAUCAACAACAACAUCUGCCAAUCCCCUAUCCAAGAAAAACAAGAAGAGCAAAGAGACGACUUCCAAAUCCCCCAAAUCUAGGAAAAAUACUCCAACGAAAGCUUUAAAAAAUACACUCAAGCUCCCUCCCUUGUAAAAAUGAAUAGUUUCUAAUGAC